CAUUGCGAUUGGCUGUUGCCAGUGUCCGUCCAGACAACCAGACACCAUGUUGGGUUGUGAUCAAAGCAAGCAAUCGGCAGCGAGUCGCAUGAGCCCAGAGUGACAGGGCGUUAUUUACAUGAUUAAAAUAUCCAAUAGGCCACAUUUUAUUGAAGGAAUUGUUGAAACAUAUCUUAAACAAUCAGUUCGUCAUGGAGUCCUAUGACAUUAUAGCUAACCAGCCGGUUGUGAUCGAUAAUGGUUCAGGCGUUGUCAAAGCUGGCUUUGCUGGAGACCAGAUCCCCAAAUACUGCUUCCCCAACUAUGUGGGUCGUCCCAAGCAUGUGCGUGUAAUGGCAGGAGCCCUGGAGGGGGACCUCUUCAUCGGACCCAAAGCAGAGGAGCACAGAGGGUUGCUGUCAGUGAGGUAUCCCAUGGAGCACGGCAUAGUGAAGGACUGGAACGACAUGGAGAGGAUCUGGCAGUACGUCUACUCCAAGGAACAGCUGCAGACCUUCUCAGAGGAGCACCCUGUCCUGUUGACUGAAGCUCCCCUGAACCCCAGUAAAAACAGGGAGAAGGCGGCUGAGGUUUUCUUCGAGACCUUCAAUGUCCCUGCCCUCUUUAUCUCCAUGCAGGCAGUCCUCAGUCUCUAUGCGACAGGCCGCACCACGGGAGUGGUGUUAGACGCGGGCGACGGGGUGACCCACGCGGUGCCCAUCUACGAGGGCUUUGCCAUCCCCCACUCCAUCAUGAGGGUGGACAUCGCUGGCAGGGACGUGUCCCGCUACCUCCGACUGCUGCUACGCAAGGAGGGCUACGACUUUCACACCUCCGCCGAGUUUGAGGUGGUUCGCACCAUCAAAGAGAGAGCCUGCUACCUGUCCCUGAACCCCCAGAAGGAUGAGACUCUGGAGACAGAUAAGGCCCAGUACACCCUCCCCGACGGCAGCACGCUGGAUAUUGGUCCAGCCCGGUUCCGAGCACCAGAGCUGCUGUUCAGGCCAGACUUGAUCGGAGACGAGAGCGAGGGGAUCCACGAGGUGCUGGCCUUCGCUAUCCAGAAGUCAGACAUGGACCUCCGACGCACACUCUUCUCCAACAUCGUACUGUCUGGAGGAUCCACACUGCUCAAAGGCUUCGGUGACAGGCUACUAAGCGAAGUGAAGAAGCUCGCUCCCAAAGAUGUGAAAAUCAAGAUCUCCGCCCCUCAGGAGAGGUUGUACUCCACGUGGAUUGGUGGCUCCAUCCUGGCGUCGUUGGACACCUUUAAGAAGAUGUGGGUCAGUAAGAAGGAGUAUGAGGAGGACAGAGCACGGGCCAUCCACAGGAAGACCUUCUAACACCGCGGCCCUUAAACUGCUCUCAAAGUUAGCUAUCUGUCCCCAACCUUCCCUCACACUACCAUCCAAUGCUCUUGUAUCAACCCUCAGUUGCUCCACAUUACCAAUUUGCCCCAGAUAAUUCCCCCAUAUUGCCCUCCAUUACCACGCCAUACAGCCCAGUGUCUGCCCCACCCCCUGCUGGCUCCCCGCCCCUUUUCGUCCCCCAUCCUCUGGCCAGGGGAGUUUCUAUAUACACCCUCCCUCAGUUCAGCAUGCCUUUUGUUGCCACCCAUCGCACCCAUAGGUGUAGGGAGAGAGCAGGGUGCCCCUUCAGGUAAACCUGUGACUCCAUCACCUCCCUCCACACACACACACCCCUCGAACCCUAAAGAUAACCCUCACACACACACACCCCUCGAACCCUAAAGAUAACCCUCACACACACACACACACCCCUCGAACCCUAAAGAUAACCCUCACACACACACACCCAGGGCUGUGUGGGCAUCUGUCAAUACUGUGGAGUAUCUGUUUUUCUGUUCUUAAGGGGGCAAUGCUAUACUCGACCCAACCCUGAAGUAUUUAUAUUACUUUCCUGUCUGCCCUGUACGAUACCUAGCAUCAUAUCAUUCAGUGACAAUGAAGGUGAAUGUUUUUUUUCUUUUUUUUCUCGAUACUGUAAGAAUUUCAUUCCAAACCGAAGAGAUUGACUUUUGCUUUUUACAAUUAUUUUUUAAUAUUUCGGUCAUCACGGUUACAAAUCACCAUGUUGAAGUCACCGUUGUUUUAGUUUCCAUUUGUUGAAUUAGUUCGUAUUGGAAUAGGUCAUGCUGCUCUGUGUGGUCUGGGGUAAAGAAUACCACUGUGUUUGACAUGGGCUCAUAAAACAUUAAAGGAACUUCUCUCUCCGCCAUCCCUCCUACAGGUGUUUAACAACAAUGACUACUGGACAUGUUUAGACGGCAGCGAUGUUUAACACUUCCUUAUAUUGAUGUGGCAAAAUAUAAAUUAUCUCCAUUCAGUUAGCUGUGUUUGUGAAAUGGUUUGACAACAGAGGAGUGAUGAGAUGUACCCUCCUCACUCAGUACAAAACCCAAUAUGGGGAUUUACACAUUGUGACCAUUACUAUUUCUAAUUGACCGUUUUAAAGAUAUGAAAGCUAAACUUGAAUGCCUUGUAAAAAAUGUGUCUGACAAAGUGCUGUCUGAGAAAGUUUGCAUUUAGGCCAACAUCAGAUGUGUUCCAGUUAUUAGUGCUCUGUGUUGGACAGAGAGGCUGUGUACCUGGACAGGUUACAUUUUGAGGUCUUAAUUCUCCCCUAACCACUGAAGCAGGGUCAGAUUUAUUCAUCACCCAACUGGUUAACCUUCAGAUUGUUUGAUUGUUUAUCUGAUCCUAAACCUGGGUUGAACUCUAAUCUCAGUGUUAGCGGUCAAGGGAUGGCCACUGAGAUCCUCCUCCGACAAAACAUUGUAGUUUUUCAUCUCCAAAGGCUCCAUUUAAACCAUGGUGGGGAUUAACUGUUAAAUAUGCAACUGUUAUUUUAAGUGUAUGUAUGGGUUAGAAACAUUGAGCGAUGUUUAGUUGCUAUCGACUGCAGUAAGACCAUUCUCAUAAUAAGCAUGUAGAAGCACAAGAUGGCAGAGUAUCAUCAGUUGGUUUCUACCAUCUAUUCCCCCUCAUGUACCAGUAGAAGUCUGGGUGUUGUUAUGGCUAAGCUGGGUGCCCUGCAUCUCAUUGGCAGUAAAGAGGUUGUGUCCGAACCUGUGUCCGCCUUCCUACCGUGCCCCGACACCGGGAAAGUCCACUUUAUCUUCUGGGUGUUUUUAAAAAGGUUCUAAACUUCAUCAGCCUUGUGUACAGUGGAACACUUUUCAAAAAAAGUCAACGACUGAAGAUCAUUAAAUACAGGAAUAAAAAUGUACAAUACUGUUUAUUCAAGUCUUACUUUUCAUUUUGUAAAUUCAGUAUAAUAAAUAAGUUAAUGACUGCUG